GCCGACGCCCCGCGCCGCCCCGACGCCCGGCCGGUGCGCAGCCCAGCGCGGGGCCGUGCGCUGCCCUGGAACGCAGGCUACGCCGAAAUCAUCAAUGCGGAGAAAUCUGAGUUCAACGAGGAUCAGGCGGCUUGUGGGAAGCUAUGCAUCCGGAGAUGUGACUUUGGGGCUGAAGACGACCAGGAGUGGCUGACCCUGUGCCCGGAGGAGUUCCUGACCGGUCAUUACUGGGCACUGUUUGAUGGCCACGGUGGGCCAGCUGCAGCCAUCCUGGCUGCCAACACCCUGCACUCCUGCCUCCGCCGGCAUCUGGAGGCCGUGGUAGAGGGCAUGGUGGCCACUCAGCCCCCCAUGCACCUCAGCGGACAGAGCAUCUGCCCCAGUGAUCCCCAGUUUGUGGAAGAGAAGGGCAUCAGGGCGGAAGACUUGGUGAUUGGAGCUCUGGAGAGUGCCUUCCAGGAAUGUGAUGAGGUGAUCGGGCGGGAGCUGGAGGCCUCAGGCCAGAUGGGCGGCUGCACAGCCCUGGUGGCUGUGUCCCUGCAGGGAAAGCUGUAUGUGGCCAAUGCUGGGGAUAGCAGGGCCAUAUUGGUACGGAAAGAUGAGGUACGGCCCCUGAGCUCUGAGUUCACCCCGGAGACUGAGCGGCAGCGGAUUCAGCAGCUGGCCUUUGUCUACCCUGAGCUUCUGGCUGGUGAGUUCACUCGACUGGAGUUCCCUCGGCGACUGAAGGGGGAUGACUUAGGGCAGAAGGUUUUGUUCCGGGAUCACCACAUGAGAGGCUGGAGCUACAAGUGUGUGGAGAAGUCAGAUCUCAAGUACCCACUGAUCCAUGGGCAGGGUAGGCAGGCUCGGUUACUGGGAACGCUGGCUGUCUCCCGGGGCCUGGGAGACCAUCAGCUCAGAGUCUUGGACACAAACAUUCAGCUCAAGCCCUUCUUGCUCUCUGUCCCACAGGUGACUGUACUGGAUAUGGACCAGCUGGAGCUGCAGGAGGAGGAUGUGGUUGUCAUGGCAACUGACGGGCUCUGGGAUGUCCUAUCCAAUGAGCAGGUGGCACGGCUAGUGCGGAGCUUCCUCCCUGGCAACCGAGAGGACCCACACAGGUUCUCGGAGCUGGCCCAAAUGCUGAUACACAGCACACAGGGAAAGGACGACGGUCUCACAGAGGAAGGGCAGGUGUCCUAUGACGACAUCUCUGUGUUCGUGAUUCCCUUGCACAGCCAGGGCCAAAGGAGCAGUGGCCACUGAGGAUUCAGACACCACAUCCCAGAACCACUCCGGGGCCAGUUGUAGCCUGGGCAUCCCGCCACCAUGGUCAACAGCAGGCCUAACUGCCCUGCCCCCAGACACAGUGGGUUGAGUCCACCCCCACCCCACCCAUUUCAUGGGGAGCAUUUAUACCAAUCAAACCUGGAAGAGUAUGGAGAGCCCAGUUCCUCAGGCCCCCUCUUUGGCAGGCAGGAAAGCGCACACUACCAAUGGUAACAUCUCUUUUCAAUGUAGGAAACCCACGUGCGACUCCUCUGACAGCGUCCUUAGCAGCCCAGUGUUAUCCCCAGAUGGGAACAGCCGGACUAAGGGCAUCACUGGCCAAGAA